AUGUUGACUAAUAAAAAGAUUGCUGUACUAGGAGGAUGCUCUAUUGGCUCUGCUCUGUCAAUACUACUAGCGAGAAAAGGUUUUCAUGUUGAUUAUUAUGAAAAAUCUAGAUCUAAAGCAUAAUCAUAGUCUCAAACGAAUCCUCAAAUCAAUCUUGGAAUAUCAUAAAGAGGAGUAAAAGCCCUAGUCAUGAUUGAUGAAUGGGUCUCUGUACUGGAAUAAACAGUAGCUUUAAAUGGAAGAACAAUUCACAACAGAAACGGCUCAGAGGUAAAUCACCAAUAUGGAAAGCAAAAUGAACACUUGUACUCAAUAAGAACAGAAAUUUUUGAAAAAAUACUCUAGGAAUCAUUAUCAAAGUAUUCGUCUAUUAACCGAGAACUGGAUGCCAAAAUAUAAAACAUCGAUCUGAAAAACACUACAGUGAGAUUAGAGAGAGAAGGAAUGAAUAUAGAAGAAAGAUAAUAUUGUUAGAUAUUCAUCGCUGAUGAUUCAUUCAAGCUCAUAAAAAAAUAAUUGAUUUUCCAAAAGGGUUUCAAAUAUAAUUAAGAUUUCUCAUCCUUUGGAUAUAUUGAGGCAAAUAUACCAUCAAGUUAAGAUAAUGAGUUUCAGCUAAACCCCUUAUCCAUCCAUAGGUGGACUAAUGAUGACUACCAUAUUAUUGCUUUCCCUAACAAGGACAAAUCCUUUGCUUGCAAUAUCUUCAUACCACUUCAAGGCAUAGUUUCUUUUGAAAACAUACAAACCAAAGAGGAUCUGCAUAAAUUUAUUCAGACAUUUUUCCCUACUUUAUAGGAUUUGGUGAAAUAUGAAAAAGAUGAAAUAAAAUAGAAAAAUGUUGGGCUUUUAUACGAUCAUAAAUGCUUUCCAUGGGUUUUUAACAACAUAUGUCUAUUCGGUGAUGCAGCUCACCAUAUCUUUCCAUACUAUGGUUAGGCUAUUAACACUGGAUUAGAAGAUUGCACUCUACUUUCUAAGUUAAUAGACUAUUAUAAUGCUGAUUGGUAAACUAUCACUUCAAAAUUUCAAGAAUUUAGAAAGCCAAACACUGAUGCUGUGUCUGAUUGGGCAAAAGAAAAAUUUAAUAACAUCAAGUUUGAGAUGUUUGAUAAAGACUUUCAAGAGAAGAAAGCUAUAAUAAACUAUCUCUCUGAUAAUUAUCAAGAUCUAUUCCUUUCUUCCUAUUAGUUGAUAGAAUUUAGCCAUAUAGAAUUCUAAAAAGCAAUAAAUUUUAAGUAAGUUGAGGAUGAGAUAGUUAGAUAAAUAAGAAUGAUUCCUAAUUAUGAGAGAAUUGUUGAGUCUCAGAAAAAAGAUUCUAUAAUUAGACAUAUCCUUAAGAACUUUGUAGGGAAAUUUAAAGUAGAGACUACUGCUGUUGAAAUAAUUAGCCAAUUAGGUGUACUCUCUAAAAAUUAAGAAGUUAUAUUGCUUCCAAAUAUAGGCUAAUUUGAAGUUAAUACAAUCUAAAACUGUACUAUCAGCUCCAAGUAGAGUUUAGAUUAGAUUCUUGAAGACAUUCAACAAAAUAAAGCCACUGAUUCUAUAGUAAAAACUAAAUAAGGUUAGGAAUUAGAGUAAAAUUCCAUUUUAAAUGGCACCUAAAUAGGGCUAUGUGUUGAAAUAGAAUUAAAUGUUGGAUAAAUUUCUAUAAGCUUAAAGCAAAUGAAGGAAGCUUUUGACUAGGCAAUCCUAAAAAGCCUAAAGUAAUGCAUGAAAAACAUCAAUAAUAUCUAUAAGUGCUUAAUUAUUAAGGUUGUUUCUGGAGCUGGUUAAGAAGUAAUAUUAUAAUAAGAUGUUUACAAGUGGAUUAAGGAAAACGGAUUCUUGGUCAUUGCAUUGAAUCAUACUCUCCAAUAAAAUAAUCCUGAAUCCCUGAAUCAUAAUCAUCUUUUUCUUAAUGAGGAUGGAAAAUUGAUUAUUGAAAGAAUUAAUUUAUCAGAAAUAAGUUUAGGAGCGUAUAUUGUCUUAGCUGAAAUUCCUAAUGAGAAGGGACAUGCUUUACCUUGUAUUUUCAAACUUAGAAAAAUAUUAAAUGCUGAACUCAUUGAUAUCUAUGCCCAUAGAAAAGGAGAGUGCUAUUAUAAUGAAUAUUUAUGCGUUGAUGAGCUAGUAGGUCUAAUGAGAAAUAGGACUGAAUAUUUAGAAGAGAAACUAUUCAUUAGAGUGCAUCAAAUAAACGAAUUAGCAAUAAAUUAAUCAAUAAUUACACUUGAAGAACUUAUAAAAAUAUUCAAGUAUGGAGAAGUUAUUGAGAAAAUAACUACCAUUUAGGAAUAUAUGAAUCAAAUUCUGUCCUUCUUCUAGGUAUAAAUAUAGACAAACUAUGUGUUAUGUCACAUGUCUACCCACAAUUUUCUCUAUGGAUUUAGAAGCGCCCUUGGAACUGCAUCUGGUGUUUAGAGCUUUCAAUUUUAUAUCUUGUAGUUGUUGCUAGGGCUUAAUAAAGAUAAACAUAUUCUUAGUGAUCCUGUGAAAAUUCUUCACUUAAGAGAAACUGACAUUCAAAAGAUCAAAGCUUAUUGGAAUUGUGAUAAUUUAUUCAAGGUUAUACAGGAUUGGCUCCUUGAAUUUUAUCAAGAAACCUCUGAAAUCACGUAGUUAGAGUAAGACAAUUUCGUUAUGGAUGCUAUCAAGGAUUGCAAAGAUUUUUCUAAAGAAAUUGCUCUCUCUGUUGUUUAUUUAUUCAGGCAUUAAGAAUUGAUCCAUUUUAAAAUUCUAGAAUAAGUUCUGAAGUUUGAAGAUUCAUUUUUAGCUUUCCUUGAUUCUCAUAUUGUUCUGGUAGAUCAUCAUCUUGGAGAUAAAAGAGGUACUUCUCAAUCUUCAGGAGGAAAAUAUCUGAGAGAGUCAAAGUUGGACCAAAUUAUUUGGAGAGACUUGUAUCACAUUCAGAAAAACUUAAAACUUUAAAACAAGCAAACUGAAGCUGUACUUGAUGAAUGA